UGUCAGAUUGCAAGAGAGGUAUUAGACGCAGCAGCUAGGGUGAUUCGUCCUGGUGUGACAACUGAUGAAAUUGAUCGGGUGGUUCACGAGGCUACAGUUGCUGCUGGAGCUUAUCCAUCCCCCCUGAAUUAUCAUUUCUUUCCAAAGUCUUGCUGCACAUCAGUUAAUGAAGUAAUCUGCCAUGGAAUCCCUGAUGCUAGGAAAUUAGAAGAUGGGGAUAUUGUGAAUGUCGAUGUGACUGUGUAUUAUAAAGGUGUCCAUGGUGAUCUCAAUGAGACAUACUUUGUGGGAAAUGUUGAUGAAACAUCUUGCCAAUUGGUUCAAUGUACAUAUGAGUGUCUAGAGAAAGCAAUAGCCAUUGUGAAACCUGGAGUACGGUUUCGGGAGAUCGGAGAGGUGAUUAACCGUCAUGCUACAAUGUCAGGGUUCUCAGUGGUAAAAUCUUAUUGUGGCCAUGGUAUUGGAGAACUGUUUCAUUGUGCACCAAAUAUUCCUCACUAUGGAAGGAAUAAAGCAGUUGGCGUGAUGAAGCCUGGGCAGACCUUUACAAUUGAACCAAUGAUUAAUGCAGGAGUCUGGCGUGACCGAAUGUGGCCUGAUGGAUGGACUGCUGUUACUGCAGAUGGAAAACGCAGCGCUCAGUUUGAGCACACUCUUCUGGUAACUGAAACUGGAGUUGAGGUUCUUACAGCACGGCUACCUUCAUCCCCGAAUGUGUUCCCUUGGUUAAAUGCUUAGUUGCUGCCCAAAUUUAGUUUACUCUUUAAGGUGAAUUGUGUGUAUCACCCAAGAAAAAUCUAUAUACUACAUGUCAUCAGAUGUUGGAGGCUCCUGAUUACCUGCUGUUAAUAUUGAUU